GAGCGCCCGAGGGCCCGGCGCCUUCCCGUCCUACCGGUCCCCCCGGCUCCCGAGCGCCGCGGCCGGCCGGGAUGCCGCGGCCGGCUCCUCCCGGUGGCCGCGGGGGGCCAGGCCCCGCCGGGGCGCGGCUCGGCGCCGCACGGCAGGACCCAGCCCGCUCCCUCCGCCCCGCCGGCGCGCCUUAAAUCCCGGCCCGCCGCACCGGGGGCCCAGACCGGGCACCAUGGAGCCGCGCGCCUUCCUCCUCCUCCUCCUCCUCCUCCCGCUGCUCGCGGCCCUGCUCCCCCUGCCCGCACGGGCCGGUGCGGCGGGGGCAGCGGGGCCGGGGCCGGGGCACGGGCCGGGGAACGGGACGGAGAAGGCCGGGUACUGCUCCGCCGUCGCGGAGGCGGCCGUCGCGCCGGACGAGGACUGCCAUGCCUGCCGCCAGCACGCCUCGUGCUCCCGCUGCACCGGCGACGCCGGCUGCCCCGGUGCCACCAAGUGCUGCCCCGGCAAGUGCGGCUACACCUGCCAGGAGCCGGUGCUCGACUUCUGCUACCUGCCCUCGGUGUGCGGGAACUGCAAGGCCCUCUUCGUCCGCUUCUUCUACAACGCGUCCAGCCGGCGGUGCGAGGAGUUCAUCUACGGCGGCUGCGGCGGCAACAGGAACAACUUCGAGACCGAGGGCGAGUGUUCCCAGGCCUGCUCGCACGUCGGGAAGCUCGGCGAGUGCCCCCCGCCCGCGCGGAUCGGCGCCGGCCCCUGCGCUGCCUACUGCUCCUCCGACGGCGACUGCCCGGGCAGCGCCCGCUGCUGCUCCGACGGCUGCGGGCGGCAGUGCCUGCUCCCCCCCGGAGAGAAGCCGGGCUUCUGCCCGCAGCUGCCGCCCGGCGUGAUGACCAUCUGCCUGGUGCGCUGCGGCAGCGACAGCGACUGCUCCGGCAACGCCAAGUGCUGCAGCAUGGGCUGCCACGUGCACUGCGUGCAGCCCGUGAAAGCCAGGCCGGGCGUCUGCCCCAAGAGGAGGGUGCUGCACACCUUCGCGCCCUGCACCAACGCCUGCACCGACGACACCCAGUGCCCCCCCGGCAAGAAGUGCUGCUUCACGGGCUGCGGCCUCGGCUGCCUGACGCCGGUGUGGGGGCUGCGGGCCGGCGGGGAGCGCGCGACGCCCUCCCGCUCCCCCCGGCUCCCCCCAGCCCCCUCCUCCUCCUCCUCCUCCUCCUCGGACGGCGUCUGCUCCCUGCGCCCGGUGCGGGGGCCGUGCCGCGGGCACCUGCGCCGCUACUUCUACAACCCGCUGGCCAAGGCGUGCCAGGCCUUCAUCUACAGCGGCUGCGGCGGCAACCGCAACAACUUCCCCAGCCGCCGCGAGUGCCAGCAGGCCUGCCGCAAGAGCGCCGCCCAGGUGUGCCGCCUGCCCAAGGUGCCCGGCACCUGCCUGGCCCACAUCCCCAGCUACUUCUACAACGCGGCCACGCGCCGCUGCGAGCGCUUCAUCUACAAGGGCUGCACCGGCAACGAGAACCGCUUCGCCAGCGAGCAGGAGUGCCGGCGCACCUGCGGGCGCCCAGCGAGGGCCAAGGAGUGACGCCGAGGAAGCCGCGGUGGCCGCGGGCCGCCCCGGGGCUGGGGCUGCAGCGGGGCCACCCGCCGCCCCUGCUGCCUGCAAUAAAGGUGCCAGGACGCCUGGCUUUGGCAA